AUGGUGUUGCUUACUAUGACGCCCGGCAUCGUCCGGGCGCUCGCCAGAGCUGAAGAAGCGUCGCCGGAUGACUUUGCGAAGCUCCAAAGACCCGAAGACCCCACACUCGCCGACUCGAAGCCCGGAAACCCCAUCUCUCACAGCCAAUUGAUCGACCUCUCGAAGCUGUUGAAGAAGCUCCCCUCCGACGAGCUCCCCUCACAAGAUGAAGACACACAAAAGAACAAGUCAAAUGACGACUCCAUCACCGCGAACGACCCUUCAAACACAUCCACCGACACCAUGUCAACCCCAAUAACCCUCUCCUCCCUCCUCGCCCACACCAAAAUCUACACCCCACCCCCUGCUCCCGCCCCCGAGAAAUCCCCCCAAUACACCGCUCUAAUGGCCCGCCUCCGCGCCGCCGAAGAAGCCCGCACCUACGAGAAAAUGCUGCACCCCCCACCCACGCGCGAAUCCUUCACCCAGCGCUUCCCCAGCGCGCCCAUAUUCGCCUCGCACUCCACCCCUGCCGAGAGCGAAGAAGACGAGCUCACCUACGACGAAGUCCACCGCCAAAUCAUCCUGAUCAUAAACAUCCUCAUCUCCAUUGUGUGCGUGGCGUGUUUUGUCUGGGUCGCUGCGCGGCACUGGAGUGUGGGGAAGAGAUUGGGCCUCUCGCUGGCGAGCAGUUUGGGGGUGGCGGUCGCCGAGGUCGCUGUGUAUGGGGGUUACGUGAGGAAAGUGAAGGAGGCGAAAGCGCGGGAAAAGAAGAAGCCUGAGAUCAAGGAGAUUGUGCGGAGUUGGGUGCUGGAUAAGGGAGAGGAGAAGGAGAGUGUUAUCGAUGAGGGGGUGAGGAAGAGGAAGGGAAAACAUAGAUGA